GAGGAACGUGGACGGAUGGCUUCCGCAAAACCCGAGAUCCUCAGGAAGUACCUGGAUCUGGAGCAGCCCGACGACGUGGUCUUUGUCACUUACGUCUUCGUGGAUGGAACCUUGGAAAAUGUCCGGGCCAAGACGAGAACGCUGGCCUUCGAACCCAAGACCGCGAAAAACUGUCCCGAAUGGACGUACUGCGCGGUAGGAACGUACCAAUGGGCGGACGCCGGCGCCAAGUCCGAAAUGUUUCUGGUUCCCGUGGCCCUGUUCAAAGAUCCAUUCUUGAAAGGUCGAAAUAAGCUGGUACUCUGCGAGACCCUCCUGUAUGACCGAAGACCCCCUGAAACGAACACCCGUCGGUCGUGCGAGAAAACCAUGAAGGAGGCUGCCAACCAAGAUCCGUGGUUCGGCAUCGAGCAGGAAUAUGUGCUUCUCGAUGCAGAUAAAAUUCCGUUAGGUUGGCCUAAAGACAACAACGUUAUCAGACCCCUGGGACCGUACUCCGGUGGGGUUGGCGUCGGCAACGUGGUUGGAAGGCAAAUCUCGGACGCCCACCUCAAGGCCUGCGCUUACGCUGGCGUCAAAAUUGCUGGCACCAAUGCGGAAGUCGUCUUAUCUCAGGGGACGUGGGAGUACCAGGUGGGACCUCUAGCAGGGGUCCAGGCUGCCGAUCAUCUCUGGACCUCCCGUUACAUCCUCCACAGAGUGGCCGAGGAGUUCGGCGUGAUCGUGUCGCUGGAUCCGAAGCCUUUCCAGAGUAAUGAGCUGUGCGGCUCCGGAGGGCACAUCAACUUCAGCACCAGGCAGAUGCGCGACGACGGUGGCCUCGAGUAUAUCCUGGAGGCUUUAAAGAAGCUGGAGGUAAAAUCCGAACUGCACCUGACCAACUACGACCCUCAGAAGGGAAAAUCCAACAGCCGACGUCUGAAUGCCGGCUUGCUAGGAACUCCUAGCGAAGACUUCACAGCCGACAAAUGUUCGCGUCUGGGCAGCAUUCGCGUUCCGUGUCUGGUGGUCGAAGCCCGAAGAGGUUACUUGGAAGACAGGAGGCCGGGAGCGAACGUGGAGCCUUACCGCGCGACCGAGACCCUGGCGAAAACCGUCUGUCUCGACGCCUGA